AUGUCAGCAAAUUUUUGAGAAAAAAUGUUGUGAAUCUUAACAAAAAUUCAAUUUAUUAUAAAUUAAUAAAACUAAUAAAAGCAAAAAUGGAUAUAAAAAGAGAACCAGGUGUGCAACAAACAAGGCAAAAGAUGACAAAGGAAGAAAGAGCCGAAAAACGACGCAAUGAUCACAUAGCACGUGAAAAGGAUCGUGAACGAAAGCGAGCUAAAAGGAAGAAUGUAGCUUACCGCCAGAUCGAGCAAGAACGCGAUCGUGAAAGGAAAAAAAUGCUUCGCAGUGAUACAACUUUUCGAACCUUGGAGAAAAUUCGCGAUCGAAUGCGAAAAGAGAGGAAAAAAUUUGGUCUUGAAAUAGAUAGCAGUGGAAAUUUCACGACUGUGGGCGGAAGUUUGGUAGAACCUGAAAUAAUUGUGCCAGAUGAUAAUGUUGCUGUUGUAGAAACUCUUCUUGAGCCUGAAGUUAUAUUAUCUAGCGGGGAACCCCCUCUAGAUGAAAAUCUACUUGAACCCGAAGUUAUCUUAUCGACAAAUGAAUAUAAUCAACCACAAAAUUCUUACAACCAGUUACCUCAACAGUAUAAUAAUAAUUUUAUAUACGAAAAUCCCCCACAAAAUCAAUUUUAGCAAAUUCAUAUUUAUUUAAAAUUCGAUUUUUAUGUUAAACUUAAUCUUAUCUACUUAAGUUCAUUUUUGUGUACUUAAAAAAAAAAAAUAAGCCCGACAAAGGCUAAACCUAGCUGUGUUCAUAUUAAUUAAGUUGUUAUUCAUUUGGUCAUUAUAAUUAUAUAUAAUAUUGCUAUGCAUUUUUUACAGAUUUUAUUUGUUUAUAUUAUAUAUGACUAGAAUUAUAAAUAAAAAACUAGUAAAUAAAUAAA